ACAGGAAUAUAGAUUUCGUUGCUAGUAGCGCAUUAUAUAUAUAAGUACUUAAAAGGGACAUGGUACUAAAGAUACGGCGAGAAUUUGUAUCAACGGGACACCAAUUGCUCCGUUGUAGAAAAUAUGCUAUAAAAGCUUAUUCUGCUACACAAACCACUCCACAAAAUACAACACCAAUUAAUCCUCAAUCCACACCACCACAACUGUUAGCUCAAGCAUUCCAUUUGUAUAAAGCUAAUUUUCAAGAUAAGAUUGUUUUAUCUCAGAUUUCAAGAUAUGAAUCUUUAAAGAAUGAAUCUAUUAAGACUAUUAAAGUAGGUGUCGUUUACGAUGGAGCAUAUAUUGCUAAAAAUUCCAAAAUUAUAGAGGCUAUUCUAGCAGAUCCUCUUGCUCUGGGUAAUAAAGAGUGGUUUGACCUCAUUGCAAAUAGAGACAGAAAAGUAAAUAAUACAUUUAAGUACCCAUCGCUCACUUCUGGCACCACCAAGUCUCUGGAAUUCAUUAUUCCAUCACCAAUAUUGAGUUCUGAAUACAGACCUUCUUAUAGUAAGGCAUUUGAUUCUGAAACGAUGAUAGACGCUGAUAAAAACAAUAUAGAAUUAGUGGAAAUCAAUUCUGAACCUAUUGACUGUCAUUUUUAUGUCAACGUAACCUCUGAUGUUACCAAUGCAAGCACUAAUUUAGAUCCUCAAUUUGCUAAAAAAAUUGUCUUGACUAUCAUUGAUAAUUCUGAUUUUACACCAUCUUCAACUGAAGAUUCUGCUGUAUCAUUCACCAAUACUUCCAUUGCAAACCAUGUUAUCAAGGUUGACUCCAAUCUUUGCUUGGAAGGGAUUGAGCAAUUCUUGGAACUUGAUGUAAAAGCUGGUACCCAAUUAGUGGAUUCACUCAUAAAUAGUAACAUUUUUGAAGUUAGGAAAAGCUUAGGAUGGUAUCUGGGAACUAACAUCUUAUCAAAAUUAUUACUUCAAAAUAUCUAUACUUCUAUUCUGAAGGAUAGCAAUGAGAGUAAUGUCACUUCAGUAACAAAUACUUUGUUUGAUGAUAUACAAAAAUCUGAAAUUAUUAGAUUUGGUGAACUUGUACAUUCUGAAUUACAAUAUGAUUUUAUUCCAAAUACUGAAACCUUCUUCAAGAAAGAUUUGAGAUGGUGGAAGAUGUAUUGGAAGAAUGAUAAUGUUGAAUAUGAUUUAAAAGAUUACUUUGGUAAAUAUUUCAUGCCUAAAAGUAUUGAGUAUUAUAAUUUUCUUAGAGGUAAGAUCGUUUCACAAAUGCAACUGAAUAGAUAUGGUUAUUAUAAUGUUGAGAAUGAAAUUGGAAAUCCUCUUUUAGAAAUGAAGACUAACCUUAUUAAUACUAGAGUAUCCACUGAGAUUCAACCGGUUGUUUUCCAAGCAAUCACCACUGGAUUCAUCUAUUACCAAUUACCCGUUUCUAUCAUUUCAUUUUUAUCAUACCAAUACUUUGAUUUCAGUGCAAAUAGUGCAGUUGCGUUGGGGUUACUAGGAAUAGUGCUUGGUUUCAAUCAUGCUUCGAGAAUUUGGGAAAAUUUCACUAAAGUAUGGGUACAACAAUUAUUUGAAGACGUACGACUUUGUCUCGGGAAGCAAUGCAUAGAUGAAGGAUUGUUAAAAGAAUUGGAUGUAAGGUUCAAAGAAGAAAUACAAUUAACUACGAAAAGUCAAAAUAUUCUUGCAUCAAUUCAAAAGGAGUUAGAUUAGUAAAUAGAAUGAAUCAAAAUAUGUCACAAAAAAAAAAGAUGAAAGACUAAUAAAUACUAUACAUCAAAGCGUAUAAAAUGCAAUGUUGGGAGAUAUCUAGCGGUGGAUA